AUGUCCCUCGAGCUACGUGCAGGGCCAGAUACACUGGUCGAUGGCACCGAGAAGGCCGAGUUGAGCACGACGCGUCUCGGGAGCGACGUGGCCAUAAAACAGGAGGAAGAAGGUCAGGGGAACGCGUCGGAGGGAGCUGAGCGGUAUCUCACAGGAAAGGAACUGGUGUUAACCUUCUCCGGCCUGUUACUUGCGCUACUAGUUUCGUCCUUAGACUUGACAAUCGUAGGCACUGCUCUGCCUACGAUAGUAUCCGACUUCGAUGCGUUAGGACAGGUAACAUGGGUGCCAACAGCAUACCUGCUCACGACGGUCGCUUUCACACUUCCUACGGGCCAGCUGCUCUCAUUAUACCCCACCAAAUACAUUUACAUCCUCUCGAUCGUGAUAUUCGAGCUCGGGAGCCUGCUUUGCGCUGUGUCCACUUCAAUGAACUUCUUGAUCAUUGGUAGAGCUGUGGCAGGAAUCGGAAACACUGCCAUCAAUGUAUGCGUCGUUUGGGCCAUUGCUCAGAUAGCUAGACUCGAGACUCGACCUGCGUUGUUUGGGUGCAUCGGUGUCAUAUACGCGCUUUCGUCUGUCUUGGGACCCCUCGUUGGCGGCGCAUUCACAGCCCGAGUAACCUGGCGUUGGUGUUUCUACAUGAACCUUCCAAUUGGCGUCGUCACGCUGUUCAUUUCCUACUUCAUGCCCCACAAGCAAGCGCCUGCCACUCCGAACUCACCAGCCACCAUGUCAACGCGUCGCAAGCUUCUCGAGGUUGACUGGAUCGGCUUCCUGAUCUCCCUCGGCACUGUCGUCGCAUUCCUCUUCCCUCUGCAAUUCGGAGGCAACACCUAUCCAUGGAACUCUGCCAACGUCAUCGUGCCGCUUGUGAUCUCCGUAGUCGGACUCGCCCUGUUCCUUUGGUGGCAGGGGCGCAUGGGUAACCGGGCGCUGUUGCCUUGGCACGUCAUCCGGCGACCCCUAGUGGCCUCAUCGUUCGUUGCGUUCUGUAACUUCUAUGGGUUGAUGGUCGGAAUUUAUUACAUUCCGCUGUGGUAUCAGUCACAAGGGCGUAACGCGAUACAGUCUGGCAUCGACAUACUGCCGCUCCUUCUAUCAUGCGUUGGAGCUUCAAUUGUGGUUGGUGCUUUCGCGAACGCGACAGGACGGUACUGGCCUGUCAUGGUCAUCUGCCCUCUGUUCUAUUCGAUAGGUUCAGGGCUGCUGUACACGCUGAAUAUCGGUUCACCUGAGGGCAAGCUCAUUGGCUACCAGAUCAUCGCCGGUAUUGGCAUUGGCUCCACGCUCCAGAUGCCGGAGAUAUCAACUCAAGCUGAGCUCGCGCACGAAGAAGAGCUAAUUCCCCAAGCUACCGGCAUGUGCUCCUUCAUCGAAGGACUCGGCGGUGUCGUCGGCCUUGCCAUCGCCGGUGCAGUCUUCCUCAACCAACUCACCUCAAACCUGCACCAAUACGCGCCAGAGCUCCCAUCGUCCGUAGCCGUGAGCGUCCAGCAGAGCAUCACGUACAUUUUCACUCUCCCCGCAAGCGAGCAGGGCGCCGUCGUCCAGGCCUACGUGCGAACGCUCGACCAGGUCUUCCUCGUCGGCGUGCCAAUAGGGGCUAUUUCGAGCUUGGUUUCUCUGACGUGUGUACACAAUCAUAACUUGAAGACGAGGACGCCCACUCCGCCGCCAGAGAAGGAAGGAGGGAGGUCCGAUACGGCUGAACUUUAGUCGUUCUCGUCGUGUUAGCU